AAUGAAAAUGGGACUCCAUACUCAACAGAUGAAAGUGAGAAGUCUUUGCGGUCACCUCGAAACAAAACCAGCAGCACAAAGGCAAGACUGCCCCCUCAAAACCUCCAUUUUCCCGCACCGGACCUGGGCAGGCUUGGAUCAAAAUUCAGAGCACUUCCAUCGUUUCUGUCUUGCUGGCCACCCCCCUUCCCAGCAGGACCACCGCUGAUUCCUCCUCCUCCGCCCAUGAGGCCAGACUGUCCCGAGGACGACGAAGCGCUGGGGAGUAUGUUGAUAGCCUGGUACAUGAGCGGUUAUCACACUGGAUAUUUCCUGGGUUUAAAACAAAGCCGAAUGGAAGCAGCAGCAGCGGAGAGAGAAAUGAAUGCAAAAUAG